UGCUCCAAAAUAAAAUAUCUCCGUGGUUUUCUAUAAAUUCACUCUUUCCUUCCCCCCCGCAACUCACUGCUUUUUCCAGCCACAGGAAUUUGUUUUAAUUUUUCCAUUUUUUUUUCAAAUUUUCAUAUUUCUCAAAUAUGUUGCUCCUCCAACUUUCCGUCUCUCCUCCGUCGGCCGGUCGUUCUUCGUCGUCACUAUCAUGCACCGAGGCACACCCAACCGCCGCCUUCUGUAGAGUUUCUUCCACUUCAAAAUCCUGCUUCUUAUUAGAAUCGUCGUCGUUAAAGACCGUUAAAUCCAUUUCGAGAACUAAGAAUAAUAAACGUAACGGCGCUGUCUUAAAGGUGAGGUCGAGCUUGGACACGGCAGCAACGGUGGGAAAGGUGACGGAGGUUACAAAGGACACCUUCUGGCCCAUCGUUAACGCCGCCGGGGAUAAAACCGUCGUCCUCGACAUGUACACUCAAUGGUGUGGUCCUUGCAAAGUGAUAGCUCCCAGGUUUCAAGAAUUGUCUGAGAAGUAUCUUGAUGUUGUCUUUCUAAAGCUUGAUUGCAAUCAAGAAAACAAGCCAUUGGCAAAGGAGCUUGGCAUAAGGGUGGUUCCCACUUUCAAGAUUCUGAAGCACAAGAAAAUUGUAAAGGAGGUUACAGGAGCCAAAUUGGAAGACCUGGUUCUUGCCAUCGAUACUGUUAGGUCCACCUAAUUUUCUUCCCAAUCUUUCACUUGUAAAAUAUUCCCAUCGAAGAUAACCAUACCUGCUUUAAAAUGAUUAUCGUACUUGUGUGUAUCCAUUCCAUGGGAUGGUGCCCAAUCGUUCAAAUGGAAAGGGGACACCGGAUGUCUGUAACUGCAACUUGCUUAUUGGGCUUAAUACAUACCUUCGUAUUUCAGUUUAU